CAUGGAUUCCAACUGAAAAAAAACAACGUUUCCACGCGACAUACGAUGCUCAUCUCCGUUAUGUGAGCGUGGCCUCAGCUUGUUUUCGCGUUGUGGUCUCCGCUUUUCAUCACUCAAACGCAGCGCGACACUCACCUGCUCUCAAUCACAAGCGCCAUGGCCGACACCGCGACGGCGCAUGGGCCUUCGGAAGAAGCCUCCACUAUUACAACAACGACGACUGAUCCUUCUUCACCGCCUGCUGCCACCGAGGAGGGCUCCACUGUCACGCACCAGAUGGACGAAAGCACUGUAGAUGCAGGGCUGGACAGGGACGAACGUACCGAUCAACACCACGACUCUCGCGACAGCGCGGUAGCUGAAGAUCAGGACGAUCGUGAUGUGCGGGAAUGGGAAACACCAGACGAUGAGCUGCCUCCAUUACCUACCAAUGACGGCGACGACGAAGAUCUCUCGCUCGUAGACCCGACCACCGCGAUCGCGUUACCUUCCAGCAACAGUGAUAUCGAGGAAAACUCAGAAGAUGCGAGCGCGUUGCUGGAAAGGGACACUCGGCGAAAGCUGAUGGAUAUCGAGUCGAGUUUCUUGCCGGAUCAUCAAGCAGAAGACGCAGACAAACAAUCAGCGCAGGGUGGAAGGGGCGCCGACGACACGUACUUGUUCGGCGGGUCUCCAGGCCAUUCAAGGAGAAAGGAGGCCGGAGACGGCAGGGGCAAACACCAGAGGAACAAGAAGAGCGUAGCGGAGAUUAUACGCGAGUCAGUCGCGAAGCAGACGAUCAAGGAAGAGAGGGAUUCACAGUCGCUCCCAACGAGCCCCCACAGCGAACACAAACAGGCUUCGCAAGACAAUACAGACUUUGGAUCAAGAGAGAGCACGGCGACGAUUGAUCUGCCUUCGUCUCCUGCUGCAGCUGCAGCGAAGCGAAACGAGUUCAGAGGCAUGGCACACAAAGUCGAGGCGGAGUCGGUCACCGACGUUGGCGAUGUUACAAGGGACCCAGACGAGCAGAAGGAAGGCGGACCCGGACACUCGAGACACGCGUCGCAGGCGUCUACAAUCAAGGCGGAAGACAUCUCCGGCUCUAACGAUGAGAGCUUGAGUUUUGCCGACGUGACAGCUGCUACAUCAAACUCGGAGAAUGAUGAGGCGGCGUCGCUGCUCUCGUCAUCGUCCUCUCGCCUUCUCAAACGUCCCAGCUUUCUCUCUCGCAGACAGUCCAGUCAACGAUCCUCCGCGUCAUCGCACACGAAUGUGUCACUUGCAUCUGAAGGCAGUGACACAACCGUGGGUGCGGACUUCGCUAUCCAGUCUGGAGGCGCCGUCCCAAGUGGCGGAUUUUCGAAUCCCAACUUGAAGGUCCCGCGUCUCCCUAGUUAUAGCAGCAUCGGCUCGUCGGUAGGCGAGUCCACGAACGGAGACAGUCUAUCUUCGUGGAAGGGAAGCCGAACAGAGCUCUCGCGCUUGGAUGAGGAAAGACAUUCUCCUCCGGAGACACCAAGACCGAGCACAGCGGGAAAUGCAGCGCCAACAGAUACGGUGAUAGCGCAACACGUUCAGAACAUACGCGUUCCCGAGACUAUUGCGAGAGAAUAUCGCGAGAAACAUGCAUCCACCUCACGAUCGCCUAAUCGAAUCGACACGAUCAGCUCACUCACCUCCUUCCGAGAAUCUCGCAAGGGCAACCUGACUCUCAAGGAGCAAAAUAGCAAGAUCGACAAACUGACGAAAGAAAACUUUGAUCUGAAGCUCAAGAUACACUUUCUGGACCAGGCGUUGCAGAAUCGCUCGGACGAGGGUGUAAAAGAGAUGAUAAACAAAAAUGUGCAGCUCCAGACUGAUCUUGCCAACGAGAAGAAGGAAUCUCAGUCCUUGCGCAAGAAGAUUCGGGAGCUGGAACAGAAACUUAAAGCACAAGAAGAAGCUUCGCGUGCGGCUAAACCGCCAAGAAGACCUGGCUCAGCGCAAAGUGAUCGCACGGAGAAGAUGGCCGACCUUGAGGAGGAAGUUAUCUUUCUGCGAGAAACUGUUCAGGAACACGAGGUCGAGAUUGAGCGACUCCGCGAGGAGAACAUGGCUAAAGAGAUUGAAAAACGCAAGAUGGCCGAUUAUGUGAAGGCUCUGAGCGAGGAGCAACGGCAGCGCAACAGUGCUGAGGAUGCUGGUGUCGAGGAAACAAUCGACAUGUGGAAGGACCUCUUGCAGGCGGAAACCGCGCGCCGGGAGCAGGCUGAUGAGGACGCUGAGAAGUUAAGAGAGGAAGUGCGUAAGCUGAAGGAGCAGAAUCAAAUUAUAACCAACACGCAUAACGUGCGUAAUGUGUAUCAGAUCAGCAACAAGCGGCAGAAUCACGUCUAUGGUGCGCGUUCGGAAGCUGGAUCAGUACCUGGUGGGCCGGGCGAGAUGACGGGCAAUGGAGAGCGAGCUGACUCGGCGUUCAGCACGUUAGUUGAGCAGCUCAAACAUGAGAACGCGGAGCUGAGACGAGACCUAAGCGCCCAGACGUCCAUGUUGACCUCGAGGAAUCGAGAGAGAGAGCGCUUGCAGCUGGAGAUUGAGGAUCUCAAGCUAAAUCAACGACGACACGCAGGCGACCUUAGUGCGGCUCGUUCCAUUGCAGGGGAUAGCAUAUUCGAGCGGUCUGUAUCUCGUGCGCAUAACCGGGCUGAAUCACGAAUGAGUGGAAAUACUCGAAUGACGCAGCUGAGCGAUGCGGAACGUGAUGAUUACGAACGAAAACAAGCCGCGUUGCGUGAUGAGCUCGCGCAGACCAAGCUGCUGAACCAGGAUCUUGAACGAGAAUUGAACGCGCAUCUAGAUCUGAUUCAAAAUAUCGAGGCGGAGAAUAAGGCCAUGAAGGAGGACAAGAGGCUCACGAUGGAGGAUUUGAAAGCUUUGCAAAAUGAGCGCGACGAAGCUGUAGCUCUGGUGGAGACGUUAGAACAAGAAGCUGAGGACUUGCGCAACGAGGCACUCACGGAGAUUGAAAACCUAGAAAACGAGCUCGAGCAGAAGGAGCAAGACUUCGAGGCCCUUCAGGCGGAGAUGAAGACUGUAUCUGAAAAUGUGGUGCGGCUUGAGGACGAACUUGCCGCCUCGCGGCGCAAGGAGCAGCAACUUGAGAACCAGCUUGAGGAAACCGAGGCAGAGCUGGAUCGCACUACAGAAAAGCUGCGCGAUACCCAAAACAAGAACGAGCGAUUGGACGUGCAGCUUGAAUCGUCGCAGACAGAAAUCGCAUUCCUGCGUGAAGAGCAGGAGGCGGACAAGAUCAAGAUUGGCGAGCUCGAGGCAUCUCUAAGUGCAGCGCAGACAAGCCUUCAGGAUGAGCGAGAGCGUAAUGCUGAGGAGCGACGUCAACGUGAAAUCCUCGACGGCGAAGAGAAGGCUGAGUUGCAGAAGCUGUUGGACGACCUGAACGAGGAGGCCAACAAGUAUAAGGAGGAGAGCAAGAAAUUAAGGAAGAAUCUGGAAAGAAAGGAGACAGAGGCGAGUCAGUGGAAGGAGAGAUUGGAGACGCUUGAGACCAAUCUGAAGGAGGCGCUUGGUGAUCUUAGCGGGACAAGAUCGAGCAUCCUCAAGGAUGUUACAAAACUUACACGAGAUUUGGAGCACACAAUGUCUGCGCUUGAGCAUUGUCAACAGGAGCUUGCGGAGAAGGAGCGCAUUCUCCGUGCUCGAGACGCUCUUCUAGAGUCGGCAGGACUCGAGUCUCGAAAGCUGUCUGAUAUGCUGGAGAAAGAACGAGCUGGGCGCAGAGCUGACCGAAAUCACUUCGAGCAAAUGCAACGAAGUCAGACAUCGCUCACACACACAAUUCAACAAAACGACCAACGUGUUGCUCAGAUAGAAAACGCACGCAAGGCGGAGCGAAAGAAAUACGAGCAGCUCGAGCAACAACUCCUGGCCCAGCUUUCUGAGCGUAAUAACUUGCUGCUAACGCUGUGGAACAAGCUCAGCACGCUUUGCGGUGCCGAGUUUGUCCAGCGCAAUUCGCUCAUCAAUGACGCACUCCCCUCCGUGGACGUCAUUGCUAAGAACUUGCCAGCUUAUAGUCGCAACAUCAACCAUGCGCUCAAGACGAUCGAAAGUAUCGUUAACGGCUUCCGCACUCGGAUCCGGGAGGUGGAGCGAAACCUUUCGAAGGACUUCCAGACUCUUGAGCACGCAAUGGACAUGCGCACCAAGCGCAUCGACCACCUCGAGAAGAUGGUUGAGCAGCAGACACGUGAACGUCUUGAAUCGGAGCAGCAUCUUCUCUCGCCAGUUCUGGACAAGGAACGUCGUACCAUGUCGAGAAGCAGCUCGAGGAGCCAAACAAGCAAGACAAGCAAAACGGAUGAAAUAGGCAAGCUGAAAAACGAGAACAAACUCCUCAAGGCGGAAUUGCAGAUGGUACGCGCUCGCUCACCAAGCAGGAGCCCAAGUAAACACGUGACGAAAGGUUCAGUCGACAGUGUCAAUAGCAUCUCAGGAGUUAUUCCUGCUGGCAUGCCCGGCGCGCGCUCCUCGCCACCGAAAGAUAUUCCGCGCCGCGAUUCGUCAAGCCGUGCAAGCAUGGGCCUGAAUCUUGCACGCCACUACUCUGCAUCCGUUGCCGAGACAAUGAGUCAACAUGCCAACGUUCACUCGCAUUCGCGGGCUAUAUCUCGUGACGCUCUCCCCGGCCUAGCUGAGGGUACAUUGGGGUCGUCCUCAGCAUCGGCGCAAUACCCUCCUGCCAUCCCUGGCGGCAACAUACAGCCACUUGCGCCAUCGGAGCAGCGCUGGAUCCAUCGUCUCAAGGAGCUAGAGCGUAGACUAAAAGCUGAGCGAGAGGCUCGCCUGCUUGACCGAAGCGGAGCUAGGAAAAGGCUUGAGGAGAGCAAUUUGGAGAGAGACGAACUGAGGAUGAUGCUUGAGAAGGAGAGGAUGCUCAGGAGAGAGAGCGUGGAGGUAGAAGGGGUAAGGGGCAAUGAGCGACUGGAGGACAAUGCUCGGCAGAGCGCGGAAGGAGUUCAGACUUGAUGGGUUUUGAUUACAAACUUCCCUUUAUUUGUUUUUGAGCGCGCGUGUUCAGGUGUUGGACGGGACACAUCUGCUGUUCGGGCCACUUCAUCUUUUGGUUGUGGAUGUGUUAUCGACACUAUGGAAGUUUGCUUUCGAUACACUGUAUCAAUAAAUUAUGACGGGACCGUUCAAGGAAUCAACGUGACAGACCUAGACAUGAUGUUAAGUUGCCAAGACUCUUUUGAAUAAUAAUUACAAUGCCUUGAAUGGCAUGAGAACAUCAUAAUGUUG